AUGGGAAGUGACCACGUACAGCUUAUUUUGCACACUGAAAUUCGAUGGCUCUCACGUGGAAAAAUUCUUCAGCGUUUUUUUGAGCUAAGAGACGAAAUUCGAGUAAUUUUUCUCGAAACCAGGUUUGUAGGCUUGUUAACUGAUAUUUCUUGGCUGUCUCGGAUAGCUUACUUGGCUGAUGUGUUUGAAUACUUAAAUACACUAAAUUUGAGUUUACAAGGAAUUUAUAUUGACGUUUUUCACGUUGAGGAUAAGAUCGAAGCAACUAUAAAAAAGUUUGAAAUUUGGGCAAUACGUGUUGAAAAGAACUCUUUCAGUAACUUUCCGACAUUACAAUCUUUUUUGGAAUCUUCGCGUGAAUGUCUAUCACAGGAGGUAAAGAGUGAAAUAUCUGAACACUUGUUGAGCAUGGCCAAAAUAUUAAGAAAAUAUUUUCAUCAACCUGACCCAAAUAAUACGUGGAUAAGAAAUCCAUUUCACUGUGAUAUUGAAAAAAUAGAAAAUCUCUCUGAACAGGAACAAGAUGAAUUAAUUGAUUUGGUAACUAAUGGAGAGAUGAAAAAUAUUUUCGACGAUAAAAAACUAAUUGAUUUUUGGUUAAUUGUUCAAAAUGAUCAAAAGCAACUGGCUGAGAAACCUUUAAGACAUUUGAUCCCCUUUUGCACAACAUAUAGAUGUGAACAAGCUUUUUCUACCUACUGUUACAUGAAAAACAAAUAUCGUAAUAAGCUUAAUAUUGACGCUGAUUUAAGAGUUAAAAUAUCAAGCAUGCAGCCGGACUUAGACGAAAUUAUGAACAAAAAAGAAAGAUUUCACUUGUCUCAUAAAGUUUGA